CUUUACUUGAUUGUCUAUAUGAUCCCCAGCUGCUGCUGUUGUCUGAUCCUGGACUAAAAUGGCUGCCCUGUCUCUUCCCAGGAAGGGCAAUGUGAGCAGUAACCCCAUCAAUCCCACCUGGAUCCCAUUCAGCUCCACCAGGUCUGGAGAAGGCCAUCUGUCAUUCUCCCUGCGUCUGAUGAAUGGUGACUGGCUUACAGAGCGCCCUUCCACUAUCUACUCCCUGGGAGACCUCAUUCACAUUGAGGCAUCUGUUUCAAUGUCUAACCACAUACCCCUGAAGCUGUACAUUGAUCGCUGUGUAGCUACACUGAACCCAGACAAAGACUCCACCCCGAGAUACAGCAUCAUUGACUACAAUGGUUGCCUCCUGGACAGCAAAGCUGAGGACUCCUUUUCAACCUUUGUGUUGCCGGGAGACGGGCGGGAGCCAGACAAGCUCAGGUUUGACCUGGAUGCCUUUCGUUUCUAUGGAGAUGAGCAUUCCUUGAUUUUCAUCACCUGUCACCUGAAAGUUGCGGCAGUGGAUCAGGGAGAUUCCAGGAACAAAGCUUGUACUUUCCGGAAACUGGAGAAUAUGUAA